AUGCAUGAACAUGACUAUCUGGUUUUAGUUAAUGAAACUUUUGCCUCAAAGCUUCGUGGUCUACGUGGUUAUGAAAUCGUUUUCAUAUGUGAUGAUUCAGGUUCAAUGCAAGCUCCGAUCGGACGCGCUUCUGGUCCAGGCCAACAGCGAUCAACUCGUUGGGAAGAACUCAAAAAGACAGUAUCAAUCGUUGUAGAUUUGGCGAGUACGAUUGAUCCUGACGGUGUUGAUGUCUAUUUCCUAAAUCGAAAACCAUUGCUAAAUGUUCAUAGUUCAAAAGAAUUGGCUCCCACAUUUGCUAUACCUCCAAAUGGCUUAACACCAAUUGUACAAAUAUUGAGACAAGUUCUGCACGAUAAAAAACAAGAAAUUCAAAAAAGAAAAUUACUUAUUGUUAUAGCUACUGAUGGUAUACCAACAGAUAAUAAUGGUCAACCAAAUGUCCAAGAAUUUUACCAAAUUCUUGCACAUGAACGUGUUCCUAUAGAUCGAGUUCCAGUAACAAUUAUGGCUUGUACAGGUGAAUAUUAA